UGAGCGAGCGCGGGAAGAGUUCGAGACCACAGCGCAUGCGCACCAACCGGUUCUAGAGAAAUGGCGGAGCCCCCUAGCGCUAAGCGAAAGCGUGAGGCGAAAGAUGGAGAGAACGGGGACGCCGAGUCCCAAGGGGAAGGCCCCGGCGCUGGCACCUUCCCCUUGGCUGAAAUCUCCGUGCGCAAAGUGCUUAGGGAGUCUGCGCGCGACAAGACCAUCUUCCUUCACGGGCAGGUGAACAGCGCUUCUGGUGACGGGACAGAUGCUGUGGUGAUUCUGGAGAAGACACCCUUCCAGGAGGAGAACAUAGCUGAACUCCUGAAGAAACACACCAAGCUCCAGCUCCAGAUGUCCAACGACAUCUACAGCACUUACCACCUUUACCUGCCUCCUGAGCUGAACGAGAUAAAAACCACUGUGGUUUACCCAGCAACGGAGAAACACCUUCAGAAAUAUUUGCGUCAGGAACUGUCUCUCAUCCAGGAGACUGGGGAGGAUUACAAAAAAAUUACUCUGCCUUUUAUCGAGUCGCAGAGCUUCAGUAUUCAGUGGGUAUACAACAUCCUGGAGAAGAAGGCCGAGGCUGAUCGAAUAAUCUACGAAAACCCGGAUCCUGCCCAUGGGUUUGUUCUCAUACCAGAUCUUAAGUGGAAUCAAAAGCAGGUAGACGAUUUAUACUUAAUUGCUAUCUGCCACUGCCGGGGAAUCAAGUCACUCAGGGAUCUUACUGCUGAGCACCUGCCUUUGCUGAAGAACAUCUCACGAGAAGGGAAGACCCAGCAGUUUCUACACCAUGGUAUGGAUCUACCGCUUCUCCUGCCUAUGGUCCGCCCUCCCCCCUCUGCUGCCUCCCCAUUUCCUUUCCCUCUGCCACCACUUCUUAGUCUUCUGGGAACAAUUAUUUCUCCCUAGUGAUGAAUUGCCUGCUGCCAGACAAAACUGACAAAAUGAAAUGUGUCUCUCUGGGGCCAGAUGUUGCGCAGAACUCUUCAGAAUUGAGUGGCACCGUGCCGAACAGCUGGCACCCACAUGGAAAUUCUGGAGGAAUUGGCUCAAAGGCUAGGAGAGACCGCAGUCCUGUGCACAUUGAACUCAGGAACAAGCUCUGAGGCUUGCAUUGAAGGAAACAUGGGUAUAGAAUUGAGCUGCGUAGAUCAGCUUUGCAAAAACUAUCCCUUCUCUGCCCACCUAGUGCGUAGGGUGGGCAGGUGAAAAGCAGGACAGAGCUCCUGCCCCUUUAAUUUUAAUUCUCUCUCGCACACAACUAUUAAAGGUGCAGGAGACCUGCCCUCUUUCCCCCCAGCUUUCAUCUGUGCUUUGGAAAUGGCACGUGCAUCACUUAAUUGCUUCAGAAACCAGAGGUUUUUCCCAGCUAAUGGUGUAUUUUAGCAGCAUAUCAUUGAUCAGGUCUUCUGGUUAUUUCCAUGAAUAUAGAAGAUGUUCAACAAGGGUUGGUAGGGGCAUUGUGCUCUUCUG